AUGUGCUGCAAGUGGCUCGGGCCCGGAUGGUUCAUUCCCGGUAUCUCUCUGGCUUUUGGUCUCUGCUCCAUUGCCACCGCUUUCGUCCACAACUUCAGCCAGAUGUGCGGUGUCAGAUUUGUGCUUGGUAUCUUUGAGGCGGGCAUGCUGCCUGGAAUUGCCUACUAUCUGUCCCGUUGGUAUAGACGCCGUGAAUUAGCUUGGAGACUCGGUCUUUACGUUGUAGCAGCACCUCUUGCUGGCGCUUUUGGAGGCUUGUUAGCUUCCGCCAUCUUGAGACUGGACAGCUUCGCUGGACUCAAAGCUUGGAGAAUGAUUUUCGCUAUUGAGGGAAUCAUUACUGUCGGACUUGCAGUCCUGUCCUUCUUCACAUUGACCGACAGACCCGCAACCGCCAGAUGGCUCUCUCAGGAGGAGAAAGAUCUGGCUAUUUCUCGUGUCAAGUCUGAGAGAGUCGGAGCCACCGAGGUUCUGGACAAAUUCGACCGCAAGAAGAUCUUCAAGGGCAUCUUCUCUCCUGUUACUUUGGGCACGGCUACAAUCUUCCUGCUCAACAAUGUCACUGUACAAGGUCUGGCUUUCUUUGCGCCUACCAUCGUUCGCACAAUCUACCCUCACAACACAGUCGUCAGCCAGCAGCUUCACACUGUUCCGCCUUACAUUGUUGGCGGCUUCUUCUGUUUGAUGUUCCCAUUCAUCAGCACAAAGUUGGACUGCCGUCUUCCCAUUCUAAUCUGUUCGGCCCCUCUGAUCAUCAUCGGANUAGUGAGUUACAUCAUAACACGCUGUUCCUCUCUCGAACCUGCGCUAACCAUCAUCAACAGCAUCAUGUUCUUGGCCACUGAGACCGCCGCCGUCCGCUACGGCGCAACUUUCAUUAUCGCCAGCGGUGCAUUCGCUUUUGGCUCGCUCUGCAAUGCCCAAGUCAGUGCAAACGUAGUCUCAGACACCGCACGCAGUUCCGCCAUCGGCACCAACGUCAUGUUCGGCAACAUCGGUGGUCUAAUCGCCACCUGGUCGUUCCUUCCCUUUGACGGCCCCAACUACCACAUUGGCAAUGGACUCAACUUGGCCGUUGCCAGUACUGGAUUGUGCUUGUGCAUUGUGCUGUUCUUCUGGAUGAAGAGGGACAACAAGAAGAGAGAUGGCAGAGAUGUUGAUCAGGAGUUGGCCGGUACUACUCUUCUUGAGCAGCAGGAUAUGGAUUGGAAGCACCCUAGUUGGAGAUGGAGACCUUGA